AUGAGCUUUUUAUCAAAAUUACUCUACUUUAUAGGCUCUUUUUGUCUACUUCAUUCAGGGUUCUCAUCCUAUGAAUUCACACAGUAUUUUAAACAAGUUCAUAAAGGUUUAAAUACUCCAUUGCCUUUAGAUAUAAAAAUUGAAGCCAUCCUUGGCUUACUAUUCUUUAUCAUAGCAUCUUUUCACUCAAUCUUAAUCUCUCCAAAGUUAUCAUUAAUCGAUAAUGAUCCAAAUAAUAGCGAUCAUACCUCCCUCUUAUUAAAAAGUAAUCAAGACUCUUUGUUUUUUAAACCGAUUAAAAUGAGAAAGGCAAUGGCAGAAUAUGAAUUAAUAGGCGCCUGUCCUUUUCAAGCAAUUGAAUCAAAACCAUCCUAUAUAGAUAUUCUACAAAGAAAAAAUGAAUUCAAUCAGUGGCUAUUAAACACUAAAAAAGAAAUCUAA